CUACUUUCUCUCUCUACACAUUUUUUUUUUCUUUCUUUUCUUCUUCUCUCUUAUGCCUUUCUGGCUCUUGGCUCCUAGUUGGGGACGAAAAGUCGAACCUUCUAAGAAACCUUCUUUCGCUGACUCAUCAAUCUUAUCACCGCUUCAUUCUGAAUUCUCCAUGCAGACGAUGCGAUUCGAGGAAUUGCUUUUCGAAUAGCGGAAUCGCGGCGGCGGAGUGGAGCUUUUGGAAUUGGAGUAGUGUGGCUUCUUUUGCAGCUUGAGAAAGCGCGUUUAGGGUUUUUGAUUUUGAUUUUGAUUUUUUUUUCUUUUUUCUUUUGGAUGCGAUUGGUUUUGUUUUGGUUUUGGUGAUGGCGAACGAGGACUUCGACUUUUCGGAACUGCUCCAUGCUGGCGCUGACAAUGAUCCCAUGUUUUAUAUAGAUAUUCAGACCGUUAUGAAGGUCCUCGAUGAGGAGGAUUUUGGCGACCCUAAGGAGAGUAGUCCCGAGGAUUCUUCAUCAAAAAACGUUUCACCGGAUGAAUCUGGCAUCCAUGAUACUUUUCAGAUUCAAAAUGGGUCUCAAGUUUUAGAAGAUCCACAUUUUUCAAGGUUGGAAUUAGGGGAAUCAGUCGCGGGCUGUUCUACAUUCUGCUCAGGUGUGUCUGAUUCUGGGGCCAUAGGUUCAGUUGGUUUAUCUGAUUCCACAGCAAAUUCUAUGCUUGACUGUGAACAUGAAACCAAGGGACCUCCAUCUCAGGCUUGCUCUUCCCCGAAUGCUUUUGCUGGUAGUUAUAGGGACUCAUUCUCUCUGGGUGAAAGUGAUGAGAUUUGCUACACAGAAAGGACAGGAGUUUCUAAACUUGAGAUUCCUGCUCAUAGUGUGGAAACAAGAUUCCCUGAGGCACAUUCAAACAAUAUAUCAGUUUGUGAAGAUAAUUUGAAUCUGAGUAUGUGGAAGGGUGAAAACGAGACUCAAUACAAGCAUGUGGGAGAGGAUGUUGAAUCUGAACAUGCUUCACUCAGUUCUAUCAAUGAGAAUGGUGAUGUAAAUUUUGAAGAUUAUGUUGAAGACAUCAUUGGAGGAGUUUCUGGGCAACAGGAAAAUGACUCUUGUACUUCUUUUGAAAUAUCUGUCAUGGAUGCUGAUAGAUCUUGGCAUGUUGCAACUUCAACUGAUUCUGCUACUUUUCAAGGUUCCCAUGUUCCCAGUGAAUUUAUCGACUACGAUUUAUCUUCGAAUUAUUACCAGGGAACAGUUGAUAGACCCUUUGUUGCUGACUCAUCUUUUGGUUUUAUGCCUAAUGGUAUUUGUUCUCAAUUAUGGACUAAUGAAGAAAUGAUGAGUAACAUGAAGACUGAAAAUGCGGAAUUCCAUUCUGAUAUGGCAUGUAUGAGUAGUGGCAUGCAAUCAAGCACUACUGGGGGGAUAUCUUUUCAUGAUAAUCAACUUACGUUUGCUCAUAGUGGUUAUCCAUCAUUUUUUUCUGGUAAGGUUAUCUUUGACAACAAGGCAUCAGUGCCACUUUCAACUUACCCUUCAUACAUGCAAUGUGGAGAUGGACUGAUUACACCUUACCAAAACAAUUUUCAAAAUGAUGAUACUGAGUUGAAACAAUUGCCUGGUGUUUUUCCUUCUAUGGGAUGUCAGAGUUACAAAUGUUUUAAAGAUGAGGAUAAUUAUGCAGUUGUAACAUCUGAGAUAUCCAAUCAUUAUCAAGAUAUCAUUGAUGGAACUGCUUUUCAAGGAAACAUGGGCAAUUUUAAUUUAAAAGCCGCAGAUAAAUCCUUGCAGCAUGCCCAAGCACUAAUUGGCUGUGAGAAGCAGUUUGGUUGUGUUGAGAGAGAACGAGGGGGAAAAAUGAUUUUACAUAAACAUAUUGGUUCUCAUCUUUCAAAAGUAAGUGCUGAGAAUUUCCAUGUUGAGGAUGACUCGAAUGUUUGCAUUAUUGAAGACAUCAGUCACCCUGCAUCUACAAGUCAUUCUGCAGUCAUUGGGAAUUCCCUUAAUAUAUCUCAAUCUUCUAGAUUUGUUGAUUCCCAACCUUACAUGGUUGGAAGCACAAGGUUGAAGGCAUGUGAUGAGAGAAAUAUAUUACGAGUUGCAUUGCAGGAUCUAUCUCAGCCAACGGCAGAAGUUAGCCCACCAGAUGGAUUGUUGGCAGUUCCUCUUUUAAGACAUCAGAGAAUUGCUUUAUCGUGGAUGGUUCAGAAGGAAACAUCAAGUUCAUAUUGCUCAGGAGGAAUUCUAGCAGAUGAUCAGGGACUUGGAAAAACAGUAUCAACUAUUGCCUUAAUAUUACAGGAAAGAGCUCCAAUACUUAAUGCAUGCCCCAAUGCUCAAAAAGGUGAAUUAGAAACUUUGAAUCUGGAUGCGGACGAUGACAUGCUUCCUCAAAAUGGUGGAGUGAAGAAAGAAUCUGAUAUGUGUCAGGAUAUGUCAAGUAGAUAUCCAACCAUGAGCAUGAGUUUAUUGAUGCAAACAAUGGGAAGGCCAUCUGCUGGAACCCUUAUUGUUUGUCCCACUAGUGUCUUGCGCCAAUGGGCUGAGGAGUUGCAUAAUAAGGUAACCAGUCAAGCAAAUCUCUCUGUACUAGUGUACCAUGGAAGCAAUCGAACAAAAGAUCCAUAUGAGGUGGCCAAGUAUGAUGUUGUUCUGACAACUUAUUCGAUUGUCAGCAUGGAGGUCCCUAAGCAGCCUCUAGUUGACAAAGAUGAUGAAGAAAAGGGAAUUUCUGAAGAUCAUGCUGACCCAAAUAGGAAAAGGAAAAGCCCUUCUAAUUCUAAGCAGACUCUAGUUGACAAAGAUGUUGAAGAAAAGGGAACUUUUGAAGAUCAUAGUGUACCAAGUAAGAAAAGGAAAAGCCAUUCUAAUUCUAGAAGAAGUGGCAAGACGGAAUUGGACAGCACAGAGGCUGUUGCUCGGCCUCUUGCAAAGGUGGCAUGGUUUAGGGUUGUCCUGGAUGAGGCCCAGAGUAUAAAGAAUCACAAAACUCAAGUUGCAAGGGCCUGUUGGGGUCUUCGUGCUAAGCGUAGAUGGUGUUUGUCAGGGACUCCGAUCCAGAAUGCAAUUGAUGAUCUCUACAGUUACUUCAGAUUUCUAAGAUAUGACCCAUAUGCUAUCUAUACAUCAUUCUGUUCUAUGAUUAAGAUCCCAAUUAACAGAAAUCCAACAAAAGGGUAUAGAAAACUACAAGCUGUUUUAAAGACAAUAAUGCUGCGUCGGACUAAAGGCUCACUUCUCAAUGGAGAACCUAUUAUUUCUUUGCCACCGAAAUUUGUAGAGCUUAAAAAAGUUGAGUUUUCAAGGGAGGAACGUGAUUUCUAUUCCAGACUAGAGGCUGAUUCACGUGCACAGUUUCAGGAAUAUGCGGAUGCUGGAACUGUCAAGCAAAAUUAUAUCAAUAUUUUGUUGAUGCUUCUGCGUCUUAGACAAGCUUGUGAUCACCCUCUACUUGUGAAGCGUUACAAAUCUAACUCUCUAUGGAGAUCUUCAGUUGAAAUGGCAAAGAAGCUUCCUCAGGGAAAACAAAUCUCUCUUCUGAAUUGUUUAGAGGUUUCGUUGGCCCUCUGUGGCGUUUGUAAUGAUCCUCCUGAAGAUGCUGUUGUUUCAAUUUGUGGUCAUGUUUUCUGUAACCAGUGCAUUUGUGAACAUCUUUCCGGUGAUGACAACCAGUGCCCAGCUACAAAUUGCAAAACUCAAAUUGGCACAUCUUCAGUGUUUUCCAAAGCCGCACUGAUCAGUUGUCUUUCUGGUCAGGGUUGUGAUGAUUCACCUGAUUGCUCCGACUCUGAAGUGGAGGAAUUUGAGCCUUGGUCUCAGAGUCAGCCAUAUAAUUCUUCGAAAAUUAAGGCUGCACUUGAGGUAUUGAAGUCAUUGUGUAAGCCACAGUGCUAUACACCAAAAAGUAUUUCUGUGCAUAACACUUCCAGGGAAAAUAAUGACUGCCCUGGGAACCCCUCUGAUGCUAAUAAUGGGAAAUCCGUCCAGGAUUUUCCUGAGAGUCAAAAAUUGUCUGGGAAUAGAAGCUCUAAUGAUUCAGUAACUGUUUUUGGGGAGAAAGCAAUUGUGUUUUCUCAGUGGACGAGGAUGCUAAAUUUGCUUGAAACGUGUCUUCAAAAUUCUUCGAUUCAAUAUAGAAGGCUUGAUGGAACAAUGUCAGUUGUUGCAAGAGAUAAAGCCGUAAAGGAUUUUAAUACUCUUCCCGAGGUAUCGGUUAUGAUUAUGUCUUUGAAGGCUGCCAGUCUUGGUCUAAACAUGGUGGCAGCCUGCCAUGUUCUUAUGCUAGAUUUGUGGUGGAAUCCUACAACUGAAGAUCAAGCAAUAGAUAGAGCACAUCGAAUUGGGCAGACUCGUCCUGUGACUGUUUUGCGUUUAACUGUGAGAGAUACAGUUGAAGAUCGUAUUCUAGCUCUGCAGCAAAAGAAGCGAGAGAUGGUUGCAUCUGCAUUUGGGGAGGAUGGAACUGGUGGUCGUCAGAGUCGCCUUACAGUGGAUGAUUUGAAAUAUUUGUUCAUGAUGUGAUUAUUAGACGUACAUAUUUGCAGAUAUAGUUUUCAUAUUUUGGAUUUGUGAUUCUUCCCUGGGGAGCUGGUGUCAUCAUAGGUUUCUUUCUGGUGGCAGCACAAGAAGCAGAAACAGGACAUUUUCUAACAACGGAUUGAAAGUAGUAACAAGGUCUCUAUUGCCGGUUCACAUGAAAAUUAUGUGAAAUGUCUUUAGUUAGAAUGUGAUGUUUCAUUCUUUGACCUGGAAAUUUUAGCUUAAUCUCUCACAUUUGUAUAGGAUGUAGAGAGCAGUAUAGAUAGCAACAUAGAAAGAUUUUAUGGAUGGUUCUUCUCAUUGUAAAUAA